AUGGCUUUUCUCUCUGCAACUGUUCAAGACUUACUUCAGAAACUUGCAUCUCCAGACAUGAUCGAUUACAUCAAAUGCAGCAAGUUGAAUCUCCUUAAACUUACACUCUUCCAAACUUCGCUUCUCACCAUUCACUCAGUUCUUCAAGAUGCAGAGCACAAAUACUUCUUCAACCCCAAACUCAAGCUAUGGAUGGAUGAAUUAUCCGACGCUAUCUCACUUGCAGAGGAUUUGAUUGAUGAAAUCGGCUACUAUUCCCUCAAAUGCAAGGUGGAGAUUACUCAACCUGAAUGUGAUUUUGAGUUCAAUUAUAAAUUGAAUUUGAUCUGUCCAAGACUGCAACAUUUUGUUCAACAAAUUGAUAUCUUUGGUCUGCAAUCUGUAAGUACUACUUGUGUUUCUCGUACAAUGCAUUCAAAUUCAAAUUCAGUAGUAAACGCAACUGUUAUAGUUGGUAGGAAGCAUGAUAAGGAGAAACUGAUGAAUAUGUUGAUGUUACACAAUGGCAUGGGCUAUACUGUUAAUAACAACAUAGGUGUGGUUGCUGUUUUAGGAGUUGGAGGUGUGGGUAAAUCCACACUUGCUCAACUUCUUUACGAUGAUAAACAAGUUAACGAGCAUUUUGAUUUGAAAACCUGGGUUCGUGUGUCGGAGGAUUUUGAUAUUGGGAGAGUAAUCAAGGCUCUCCUUGCAUCGGUAGAGCCAUUAACUUUCCAAGGUCAGGAUGAUCUUGAUUCUCUUCGGCUUAGGUUAAAAGAAAAGCUGGUGCGUAGAAGAUUUUUGUUUGUGUUGGAUGACUUGUGGAACAUCGGUUAUGAUGAGUGGCAUGAGUUAGCAACAGUUUUAUUUAAUGGAAAAUCUGGUAGCAGGGUGAUCAUCACAACACGCCAAGAAAGAGUUGCGGAGGUCGUUCAUACAUUUCCUAUUCAUAGCCUAGAACCUCUAUCACACGAAGAAUGCUGGUCCUUAAUCUCUAAACAUGCAUUUGGAAGUGAAAGUUAUGGCUGCAAUGAAUGCCCAGAUCUAGAAGCAAUUGGCAGGAAGAUUGCGACAAAGUGUCAAGGAUUGCCACUAGCUGCCAAAACACUCGGAGGACUUUUGUCUUCAAAGGUAGAUGCAAAGGAGUGGGCUGCUGUUAUGACCAACAACAUAUGGAACAUUCCAAAUCAAAAUAUUCUGCCAUCUUUGCUUAUGAGCUAUCAAUAUCUUCCUUCUCAUUUGAAAAGAUGUUUUGUAUACUGUUCAAUUUUUCCAAAGGGUUAUCCCUUUGACAGAAAACAAUUGAUUUUGUUGUGGAUGGCUGAAGGUUUUCUUGAACAUUCCCCGUGUGAAAAAGUGCUUGAAGAAGUAGGUGAUGACUACUUUGAUGAAUUGUUAUCGAGAUCUUUUAUUCAACAAUUGAACGGUGACGAUAAGAGAAAAAAGUUUGUCAUGCACGACCUUGUCUAUGAUUUAGCUGUAGUUAUUGGUGGGAAAAUUUGUUGUAGGCUUGAAUAUGGUGCUAGCAUCUCUAAAAAUGUUCACCAUUUUUCAUAUAUUCAAGAAAGGUAUGACACUUACAAGAAGUUAGAAAUUUGUUACAAAUUUGAAUGCCUGCGAAGCUUCUUUCCUCUUCAAGUUCAGCGGGGAUGGAGUUACUUAGCUAGAAAGGUGGUUGAUGAGUUGCUACCGACAUUCAGAAGUUUGCGUGUGCUAUCUUUAUCACAUUAUGAUAACUUCACAAUGUUGCCGGAUUCAAUUUCUUUCUUGUCACGUUUGCGAUUUCUCGAUCUCUCCAACACUAAAAUAGAAAGAUUGCCUAAUUCAACAUGUAAACUUUACUAUUUGCAAACUUUAAACUUAGCAUCGUGCCCAAGGCUCACUGAAUUGCCGGAAGACAUUGGAAAGUUAAUUAAUUUGCGCCACCUUAAUAUAAGUGAGACAAACAUUACGAAGAUGCCAAUGGAAAUUGUUGAACUGGGAAACCUUCAAACAUUAACUGUUGCUUUUGUCGUGGGUCAGCAAGGAGAUGGGUUAAGUGUGAGAGAGCUUGGGAAGUUUCCUAACCUACGGGGAAAACUUUCUAUCCAUAAUCUGCAUAAUGUCAUGGAUGUCAAGGAGGCGUGUGAUGCCAACUUGAGGAGGAAAGAACUCAUUGAAGAGUUAGAGUUAUAUUGGGGAGAACAUACAAAUGAUUCACCAAGAGAGAAUGUCGUUCUUGAUGUGUUGCUACCAUCAAUAAGUUUGAAGAAAUUGAGCAUUAGUUCUUAUGGCGGGACAAGAUUUCCAAGUUGGUUGGGAGAUUCUUUGUUUUCUAACAUGGUGUAUUUGUGCAUAAGUAACUGUAAGUACUGUGUGACACUUCCACCACUAGGGCAACUACCUUCUCUCAAAGAUUUAAUUAUAGAAGGUAUGUCAAUAUUGGAGACAAUUGGCCCAGAGUUUUAUGGCAUGUCAGGAGGAGAUUCUAAUUCUCCAUUUCAACCAUUUCCAUCCCUUGAGCAUCUAAAAUUAUCCUCUAUGUCUAAUUGGAAGGAAUGGCUUCCCUUUGGAGGCAGCAACUUUCCUUUUCCUCGGCUUAAAACUCUGAAGUUAGAUAAUUGUCCUAAACUAAUGGGACAUUUGCCUUGCCAUCUUUCUUCCAUUGAAGAGAUUACAAUAAUUUGCUGUGACCAUCUGCUGGCAACACCACCUACUCUGCAUUGGCUCUCCUCGGUAAAGUCUUUAUAUGUGCAUUCUCGAGAGCCCACUGAUUGUUCGUUGUUUGAAAGUGACUGUGCAUGUCUUCUGCAGCGUGUAGUAAUAGAACAAUUUAAGAUGAUGUUGUCUCUGCCUAAAAUGUUUACGAGCACCACUUGGCUUCAACACUUGGAACUUGAUUUCAUUCCAUCUCUCUCUUCAUUUCCGGAUGAUGGUCUACCCACUUCUUUGCAGUCACUAAGUAUUACUAACUGUGAGAAUUUGGCAUUCCUGCCUCUUGAAACUUGGAGCAAAUACACAUCACUUGUGACUUUGAAGUUAGAGGGUUCCUGUAAUGCACUGACCUCUUUCCCAUUGAAUGGUUUCCCAGUUCUUCAAAGGCUUUCGAUUCGAGGCUGUCGGAAUCUGCAAUGCUUUUUUAUUUCAGAAAUGUAUACCUGUUAUCCAUCAACCCUCCAAUCAUUUGAGGUUUGUAACUGUGACGCACUUAGAUCACUUCCUCAACAGAUGGAAACCUUCACUGCUCUUGAAAGCUUGAGGCUUAACUUACGAUUAUUGCCAUGCUAUGAAGGAGCUUGCCUCCCUCCCAACUUACGAUUAGUUUCCAUUGAUUCCUUAAGAACAAAAACAUUUGCGACCGGAUGGGGUCUCCAAAACCUUAAUGCUGUGUCUGAUUUGUAUAUUGGAAGUGAUGGUAUUGUUAACACCUUGCUGAAGGAGCAGUUGCUGCCCAUUUCUCUCCUGUCUCUGACAAUAAAUAUCCUUAAAAGGAAAUCCUUGCCAGAAAAUGGACUUCAACACCUCUCCUCUUUGACAAAUCUUACAUUUCAUAGUUGUUUGAGGCUUGAAUCAUUGCCAGAAGACAUGUUUCCUUCCUCUCUGAAAUCACUUGUAUUUGUAUUUUGCCCAAAACUCAAGUCCUUGCCUGACCGGCUGCCUUCCUCUCUGGAAACACUGGAGCUUGAUGUAUGUCAAAGAAUUGAGUCAUUGCCAAAAGAACUCCCUACUUAUCUUAAGCAACUGCGGAUUAGCCAGUGCCGUCUAUUAACAGCAAAAUAUGAGAAUCAGAAAGGGGAGCACUGGUCCAACAUUGCUCACAUCCCUAACAUAAAAAUAAAUGAUGAAUUGACAAUAUGA